AUGGCUCAAAUAACCACACCCCUCACCACCCUCCUGGGAAUCCAAUAUCCUAUCCUCCUGGCCGGCAUGGCUAGAACAUCCGGCGGGCCUCUCGCCGCCGCCGUCUCUAACGCAGGCGGACUGGGAACCGUAGGCGGACUCGGCUACACCCCCGCCCAGCUCGACGAGAUGCUCACUGAGCUAAAAUCUUACCUGAAGAGCCCCAACCUACCCUUUGGUGUUGACCUGGCUCUGCCAAAAGUAGGCGAGGGUGCCCGUAGGACAAACCAUGACUACACGCAUGGGCAACUUGACGAGCUCAUUGAAGUCACCAUCAAGCACGGUGCGAAGCUGUUCGUUUCAGCUGUUGGUGUCCCCCCCGCACAUGUCAUCAAAAGGCUACAUGAGGCUGGCAUUUUGGUUAUGAAUAUGGUGGGUGCCCCGAGGCAUGCGGAGAAGGCAUUGCAGGCUGGUGUGGAUAUCAUAUGUGCUCAGGGCGGCGAGGGCGGUGGACAUACUGGUGAUGUGCCCUUUUCCGUUCUUAUUCCCGCUGUCGUGGAUGUUGCGCGGAAAUACAGGAGUCCCUUGACGGGAAAGCCGGCGCUGGUCGUUGCAGCGGGUGGUGUCAAUGAUGGACGUAGUUUGGCUGCGUCGCUGAUGCUGGGUGCUACGGGGGUCUGGAUUGGCACACGCUUUGUGGCGUCUGAGGAGAGCGGGGCGAGCCGCAUGCAUAAGGAAGCCGUGGUUAGGGCUGGCUUUGGAGAUACCGCUACUACGCUUGUUGUCUCUGGGCGACCGCUGCGUGUUCUUCCAAAUGAUUACAUUAAGGAGUGGCAUAGGAAGCCUGAGGAGAUUAGGAAGCUAACAGAAGCUGGGAUUGUGCCACUGGCGAAGGAUAUGGAGGAUGGGAAGGAAGUUGAUAUUCCGUUUUUGAUGGGGCAUGUCGCUGCUGUUGUGAAGGAUAUUAAGCCUGCCAGGCAGAUUGUGGAGGAGAUUGUUAAGGAGGCGGUGCAGAUGUUGAUGGUUGGACAUGGGUAUUUGGGGCGAGAGAGCAAGCUGUAA